GUAUCCAUUAUUAUAACGUUUGCACACUUUUAUAGUUUACACCAACGGUUUAUAUAUUUAUUGAAAAUGUCACAAAUGGUUGGCCCGAAGAAGUCACGGUUUGGCGAACAGCCGACACUUGCCAUGGAUGUCAACAAUGGCUUCAAUAACACGUCGGCCGAAGACAACACAUCAGUGAACAGUGAAUUAAAUGCAUCACAAGUAUCGCAAAUGAUGGCAGACGUCCGCAAACAGAUUGAGGAGAGGAAGCGACAGAUGAAUAUCGGAUCCGGAGUACAAACACCACAAGCAGUCACUCCAAUGCCUCCCCCGCCUGUAGUGCCCGCACAGAGAAUGUCAUCCGAAUUGGACCACAAGACAAGAAUAGCUCAAUUGACGGCCCAAAUCCAGGCCCGACUCGCGCACCGGCCAAACAUUACAGUGGCCGCCGGUGCCGCUCAAGAGUAUGAUUUCAAUGAUAUACCGGUGCUCUUCAGUUCUAAUGAUUCAUAUAUUGAUAGCAAUGAUAACAGCUCUGGCGAUAAGGCUGGAAAACCUACACCUCUUAUACUGAACUCCGAGGGACGGACUGUAGACAUGAGUGGCAAAGAAGUCCAACUCAUCACUCGUAUGCCUACACUUAAAGCUAAUAUUAGGGCUCAAAAGAAGGAGCAGUUUAUCAAAUUAAAUCAAGACAAGCAAACCGACGACUCGAGUGAACACCAAUUCUUUGACUCCAGAAUGGGUCUCAAGUCUGCGAUGAGACCCAAGAAAGGCUUUAAAUUCUACGAAAAGGGAACCUUUGAAAACUUGGCUCAAAAACUCAGGACAAAAGCACAAUUAGAGAAAUUACAGAAAGAGAUCGCUUCGGCGGCUAAGAAGACAGGUAUCAGUUCUGCCGCACGUCUCGCACUCUUGAGUUCAAUUGUGCCGAAGAAACAACUGAGAGAGGACGAGAUUCCAGACAUAGAGUGGUGGGACAGCUUUGUCCUCAAAGACAACAGUUAUGUGAGUUGUAUUGCGAACGAGUCGAAUGCCAAUGAAAAAUAUGAUGGAAUCACACAUUUGGUCGAACAUCCCAUUCAGAUGAAACCUCCGGCCGAGCCGACAAAACCGGUGUUAUUACCGGUAUUUUUGACUCAAAAAGAGCGCAAGAAGUUGAGGCGACAGAACCGACGCGAGGCCUGGAAGGACAAGCAGGAGAAGAUCCGCAUCGGUUUAGAGCCGCCGCCCGAACCCAAAGUCAAGAUGUCUAAUAUGAUGCGAGUGUUGGGACAGCAGGCCGUUCAGGACCCGACCAAAGUGGAGGCGCACGUCAGGGAACAGAUCAUCAAACGCCAGAAAGCGCACGAAGAGGCCAACGCUUCCCGAAAGCUAACCGGAGAUCAGAAGAAGCAGAAGAAGGUUAAGAAAAUAAAAGAAGACACGAGUCUUGGCGUCUGUGUGUCUGUCUAUAGAGUACUUAAUCUGACUAAUCAGUCGAAGAAAUUCAAAGUGGAAGCAAAUAUUAAACAAUUACUGAUGACUGGAGUUAUAGUCCUCUACCGAAACAUUAAUGUGAUUGUCGUUGAGGGCGGACCUAAACAGCAGAAGAAGUUCAAGCAUUUAAUGUUAGAAAGGAUUAAAUGGGGUGAAGAACAGGCCUCUAAAGACGGAACUGAAUCGGGAGAAAAGAUUGAGAACAAGUGUUUCCUCGUAUGGGAGGGAACGGCAAAGAGUCGAGUGUUUGGAGACGUGAAGUUCAAGUUGAGUCCAAACGAGAGCUUCGCGAGAGAACUGUUCAAAAACCAUUCGGUUGAGCACUACUGGGAUUUGGCGUACAGUAUGUCUAUAUUAGACGCCAACGACAUAUAACAACCAUUACUAACCGUACAUAACAUUUGAUUUUCAUAUUUACUCAAUAAAUAUUUAAUUAUACUA